CGCGUCUGCGGUAGCGGGAAGCGGGGGGAGAGAGAGAGAAACGACCAGAGAGCUAUGGCGAAGGCGGGAAACGGGAGAAUGGGGUGCGAGGAGGAGGACGAUGAUCGGCCCUCAUUGAGCCUCCACACACUCGAAGCACUCAAGGAGUUCCUAGCUGAACAAGGUGAGCAACAGAGGAAAAUGACAAGUCAUCAUCAUGUUUCCUCCUUUAAAGGAGAAGACGACGACAGUCUUGCUGAACCCUCCCUGCUAUCCGAGGAUUGGAGACUGAGCCAGUUCUGGUACGAGAAGGAAACCGCUGAGACCGUGGCCGAAGAACUCAUCCGCUUGAGCAAGGAGGCUCUCUCGCCUAUUGCUUGCAUCGCCUGUCCCACCCUCUACGCGUACCUCAAGAAAAUGGAUCCAAGUGUCAGGGUCCAGCUGCUUGAGUAUGACAAACGAUUUGAACAGUAUGGAAGUGACUUCACAUUUUAUGACUACAAUCAGCCAGAAGAUUUGCCAGUGGCACUAAAACAUGCCUUCUCAAUAAUUGUUGCAGAUCCUCCUUAUCUCAGUAAAGAAUGCUUGGAGAAAGUUGCACAGACACUGAAUUUUCUGGCAGAACCAGUCGGCUCUUAUGCUCUUUUGCUUACAGGUGAAGUACAGAGAGAGAGAGCAGAGGAGCUGCUGAACAUGUACCCAUGCGGAUUUAGGCCCAAGCACUCCAGCAAACUGGGAAAUGACUUCAUGUUGUUUACCAAUUAUGAUCCUGUCGAUAGGUUGGGUGGUUGGUUGAAAACCAGUUACAGCCAGCUUUGAUGAUGCUAAACCAUAUUGCCGACCUGGUUUUAGCAUCAGAAUUAGUUGAAAAUACACUUCUUUCUCUGCUAAAACCAUGUUUCUAGCAUGGUUUUGGUGUGACUAAAAUGGGCUAUUGAUCUGGAGGCAAGGAUUGUGCUAGUAAGAGCUGGGGAAUUGAGAUGGAUGUUUAUGUGAAAGAGUUACUAAGCCAGUAACUUGAUUGCUAGUUGAACUUCAGCAGAUGGCAGGAUGUGCAUCACCUUGAUGUUGUUUUCUUUGGUUACCUAUUCACCAUCACCUCAUUAUCUUUUAGAGUUGAAAAAGGCGCUUCGGAACACAAUGUCUUUCUUAUCAAACGACUAUAGGCACAUUGAACGGAAGACAAAAGAACAUGGUGGGCCCUGCAAGAACUUACACUCAGCCAUUUUUCAGCACUCCCCCAGAAUGACUUGGAGCUUUUUGUGCAUUCUUGCUCAAACGCAUUAUUUAUGCAAAAACUAUGUGAUAAUGAAGCAGCAAUGCCAGUUCUUUUUGAUCUUUGUCUUCCAUGAACAGCAGACGGUGAACGUGAAAGGUCCUGUCAUUAGAUCUCAAUAAUUUGAGAGAUACUUGUAUCCAGUGGCAAAUAGUUAAUGUGCAUUUUUUUCUUCUUUUCUUUUGGAGAUUA